AUGGCAAGCAUAGCUGUACUGGCAAGCAGAUAUAGCUCAUUUGAUAAAAUGUACUGCUAUGACUUGCGCAGAGAAAGCUUUGCAGACUGGCCGUUUAGAGAGGAAUGUAACUGCACACCUGAAAAGAUGGCCAAGGCUGGCUUUGUCCAUUGCCCCAGUGAGAAUGAGCCUGAUGUAGUGUGUUGUUUUUUCUGUCUGAUUGAGCUGGAGGGCUGGGAGCCAGAGGACCAUCCCUGGUCAGAGCAUGAAAAACGCUCCCCUAACUGUGGAUUCUUAAAUAUGAAGAAAGACUUCAUGGAUCUAACUGUGGCUCAGUACCUUGGAAUGGAAAAAGAGAGGCUGAAGAUCUAUCUCAGAAAAAUAGUUUAUAAGAAGAUGGCGUUAAUGCGGGAAGCCAUAGACUACAAGCUUGAGACGCUUAAAUCUCUGAACUUGUUGUGA